AUGGCUGAGCAGGACCCAGCCCCAGGCUGCCCCCGUGGGAAGCAGCAGCAGCCAGCUUUCACCUGGGAGGUGAGGGCCAACGACCGCAGCUACCACAGGCAGGUCAGGAAGAAAUUUGCCUUCUGCCUGAGCAAGAGGAAAUACUCGGGCAAUGCCAUCAGGACAGCCAAGUACAACCUGCUCACCUUCCUGCCCCUGAACCUCUACGAGCAGUUCCACCGCAUGGCCAACGUCUACUUCGUCUUCGUCAUCCUCCUCCAGCAAGGGCUGCUGGCUGGAUGCAGGGGUGAUUCCCACCUCUGUCCUGCCCUGCCCCGUGCCAUGACACCCAGUCACCCCCUCCAGCUGCUCGGGGCCACAGCCAUCGAGGACAAGCUGCAAGACGGGGUCCCCGAGACCAUCCAGCUGCUGAAACUGGGCAACAUCAAAGUGUGGGUGCUGACAGGAGACAAACAAGAGACCGCGAUGAACAUUGGCUACGCCUGCAGGCUGCUGACAGACGACAUGGAGAUCCUGGAGGAGAAGGAGGUCAGUGAGAUCCUCCAGGCUUACUGGGAGAGCAACAACAACCUCAGUGGCCGUGGGGACACCCCGUGCAGCCUCUCCCAGCAGCACCCAGAGACUCCAUGCCACAAGAGAGCCAUCAUCAUCAGCGGGGACUUCCUGGACAGAAUCCUGCACACAGGAGAGGUGCUGAAGGAGAAGAAGGGGUGGCCAUGGCAGUGGCUGUGCUGUGGCAGGGCCGAGGCCUCGCAGGACCAGGGGGCUCUGGUGGAGAAGGCCUUUGUGGACCUGGCCACCAGCUGCCAGGCCGUGAUCUGCUGCAGGGUGACCCCCAAGCAGAAAGCCCUGAUGGUGCAGCUGGUGAAGAAGCACAAGAAGGCCGUCACCUUGGCCAUCGGGGACGGCGCUAAUGAUGUCAACAUGAUCAAAACCGCGGACAUCGGGGUGGGCAUCAGCGGGCUGGAGGGGCUGCAGGCCGUGCAGUGCAGUGACUACGCCCUGGCCCAGUUCUCCUUCCUGCAGCGCCUGCUCCUGGUGCACGGCCGCUGGAACUACCUGCGCAUCUGCAAGUUCCUGCGCUGCUUCUUCUACAAGACCUUCGCCGGCCUCCUGGCCCAGGUGUGGUUCGCUUUCCACAGCGGAUUCACGGCACAGCCUCUGUACGAGGGCUGGUUCCUCGCACUCUACAAUAUUUUCUACACUGCCUACCCCGUGCUGUCUGUGGGCCUUUUCGAGCAGGAUGUGAGUGCCAAGAAGAGCCUGGAGUUCCCUGAGCUCUACGUGGUUGGGCAGCAGGACGAGCUCUUCAAUUACCGUGUUUUUGGUGUCACCCUCCUGCAUGGGGUGGGCACCUCCCUCAUCAGCUUCUACAUCACCCUCUGGGCCUUUGAGGACCACGUUGGCACCAAGGUCGUGGGUGACUAUGAGUCCUUCUCAGUCACAGUGGCCCUGUCAGCGCUGCUGUCGGUCCUGGUGGAGAUUGUCCUGGACACUCAGUACUGGACAGUGCUGUCCUUCCUCAUGGUCACAGCCAGCCUGCUCCUCUUCUGCCUCUUCUCCUUCCUGACCCAAACUGUUGAUGCCUACAGGAUAGCCCCUGCCAUCUUCCGCUUCCCAGACGCCAGCUGGAAUGCCCUGACUGACCCCUAUGUGCUGCUCGUGGUCCUGCUGUCCCUGGUGGUCAACACCCUGCCCUCGCUCACCGUGCACACGGUCCGUGCCACCCUCGGCAGAGCCAGCACCCAGCAGCUUGGCCUGGGCCAAGACACCUGA